ACAAUCGAAUAAACAAAACAGUCAUUCUAAUACAACGGAUUGGGAAUUGUUGCAGCAAGAUAACAAACAGUAUAUUCUGGAAGCCAAAAUAUUUCAUAUAAAUAAACACAUAUUUCAUAUUCAAAUUUUAUAAAAAAAAAAGAGAAAUACAAAUAACAAAACAAAAUGAAACCUCAAGAACCUCAAGUGCAAGAGCCAAGUGUCCAAAAUGCACCGGAAAUUCCCAAAGAAAACUGCAAAGGAGGAAAACACUGGAAAAGAUUUAAUUUUACUUCGGAAGAAUUGCGUGUCUUGCAUGAAUGCCGGGAGGAGUCAUUUUACCAACGUUCACUACCACUGGGAUUGACAUUUGGUGGAGCCGCCUAUCUGGGUGUUAAAAACGGUCUUUUAAAGCCUAAUGCAAAAUAUGGUGCCGUGCCUAAAGUAGUUUUGGGUGUCAUACUGGGAUACUUUGUUGGCAAAUGGAGUUACAAACAAAAAUGUGCCGAAAAAUUAAUGGCUCUACCCGAUUCGAAAAUCGGCGAAAUGAUAAGACAGCGUAAAGAACAACAUUCUUGGUAUUUUACACCGACAGUUAUGUGUCCAAAACCAUUUGUCAGGGAUAUGGAUAGUAAACCUGCUAAAACUGCAACUGAACAAACCGAUAAAACUAAUGACACAAAUAAACAAUCAUUUUAAUGAUUUUUUUUUUUUUAAUCAACAUUAUUUUUAAGUGUAAAAUUUUAUUAAUUACUUUUAUAUGCUGUUACUUUCUGUACCAUUUUUCAUAGUUUACUCCAUGUUAUUGGAAAUUAAAAAUAAUAUGUUUUAUUUUAAUAAAAAAGAUAUAAAAAAUAUAAAUUUGUAUGUUAAUACCAAAGUACACUU